GGUAGAGGGGAGUGAACGGUCCACAUAACAAAACAGACAGUGCGAGGCCACAGCUGGCUAAACUAGCUAGCGAACCACGGACUAAGCAUUUUCUGGAAUUGGCAAGACUAGCUAGCUAACAAGCUAGCUUCUUGACAGUCUAGCCAAGUAUAUUAGUCAUAAUUCCUGGCGAAAGUGGAACCUAUCUUGGGUUAAUCGUCCAGGAAAGUCUUUAUGCUAGAUAUCAAGCUACGCAACCAACGUCAGUAUCUAAAUGGCUGCAAGGAAGUCUGGAGCAGACACCUACAACAAUGGACCCAUCAGCUACCUUGAUGAUGUUCCCUUCAAAAUCAACGACAAGUUCCGCUGCCCUGCCAAAGUUGGGCUGCCUGUUGGCUUCUGCCUGCCCGACUGUGGCUCUGUACUCGCAGACCUGCAGUACGAUUUUUCCCUGGAGAGGCGAAGUGUCCGUUGGGGGCUGGAGCUCACAGAGGCCAGAGCGGCGGAAGCUCGGGCGGUAGAAGCGGCGAUCGCCAGGGCCGAGUCCGACAGCAGGGAGGACCCGUCCCCCAUGCAGGACGGUGGCGGGAAGAGGCCCCGGCCAGCUGAGGAGCACGACCCUCCCCCCCCGGCCCUGAACCCGGUGCUGGCGGGCUUGCGACACAACGCCAUCCUCACGCCCCUGCCUGCUCCCAGCCUGGCCAGGCAGGCCCAGCCCAGCCUCCCCCAGCUGCAGAGACUCAACCUGGCCGACUUUGAGCGUGAGGAGGACCCCUUCGACAAGCUGGAGCUCAAGACGCUCGAUGACAAGGAGGAGCUGCGGAGCAUCCUGCAGAGCCAGCCCCAGCCGCUGCCCCCCGCGUCCCCACCCGAGGCCAUCCAAUCUGGGCCGACCUCGCGUGGCAACAGCCCCUCUCCUCCCGCUGCAACCACCAACACCUGCCUUCCAGCCAAAACGGGGUAUGUUCACAAACCCAACGGCCUUGUAGCGCUGCUGGACAUGGACAGAAGCAGAGGGACGCCCGACGCAGACGAUCGUCCCUGCAACAUCCGAUCGCUGACCUUCCCCAAGUUGUCGGACCCUGGGGACUUGUGUGAUCCCGUCCUGAUGAGUUGUAACCUGAACCCCAUCUCUAUCCCCUCACCGCGCAUCCUAUCUAACGGAAGCCCCCCGGCCCUCCAAAAGAACGACAUCAUUGGACGGCAGGAGUUGCACAGUCAUACCCAAAACGGGGCACUAAAGCAGACCCACGCAGUCCCAGGCUCUGGCCCUGCCCCUCUCCCAUGCGGAGGGGGCCUGCUCAGCCUGUCCCCCAGUGAGCGGCAGUGUGUGGAGACCAUCGUGGGCAUGGGCUACUCCUACGAAGGUGUCCUCAGAGCCAUGCAGAAGCAAGGGCAGAACGUGGAGCAGGUGCUGGACUACCUGUUUGUCCACACUCGCCUCUGCGAGCGAGGUUUCGAUGCCACGGCCGUGGAGGAGUGCUUGGAGAUGUACCAGUGUUCAGAGGAAAAGGCCUUAGAGUUCCUGCAGCUGAUGUCGCGCUUUGGCGAGAUGGGGUUCGAGCGCGAUGCCAUCAAGGAGGUGCUGCUGGUUCACAACAACGACCAGGACAAGGCCCUGGAGGACCUCAUGGGUCGUGCCACCGCCAGCUGAGCCACGCCCUCCUGUCAGGUUCACACAGGCUUCCUCCCAGUUCCGUCCACUACAGACGCCUCGCAACGCCCUGUACAAAAAGUGUGGCUUCUAUGUAUCUUGCUUGAUCUGGCUAAGACGCGCACACACACAAACGAUGAACGAAUCAGCACUUUUGAUAGGACUGUGUGCCUCGAGUGAAGAGGGAAGCGUGAGAAAUGGGCUCCUGUAUUUCGUGGGGGUUUGGUCUGUAGUUCGAAGUUCUGGGAAUCCAUGCCUGCUUUUUCUUUUUUUUUUGCUGAAGAAUGCUGAGGUGUAUGAAAAAGACGCAACUAGAAGAUGAAGGCCAUUUGGUCCAAAACAAAAAGUGGCUAGUGCUGGAAAGGGUGUGGCUAACUCUGUGGGGCGUAAGGGGAGGGGCCUAGUAGACCCGGACUGGGAGGGGCACAAGCCUGUUUCUUUUGACAGAAUAGUCGGAACACUGACACUCCCAGCUAAAAAAAGCUGCCAUCUUCCGCUGCUAAACGCAGGCCCACAAAUUAGCGGCGUUACAAGGGGGGGCCAGGAGACUCUUGAAACUGACUGGUCAGUCAGCCAACGUAACCUGAACCUGCUCACCGUGAAACAGAGAACUGACUUAAGAAGUGCCCACUCUGUUAUUGUGGCAGAUGUUUUUUUCACGGCCCUCUCCCUCACCUUUUCUCACCUCAUCUCAUUUUUUGUCUUGUCCAUUGAGAGGGAUGAACACGCUUUCUUAUUUUUUGAAUUUCUGGGUCAUCUGAUAUUUUCUUUCUUUGCUUUCUGUUUUAGGAACUGCAUUUUCAGAACCAUAAAGAUUAAUAAUAUUACUGAUAACUUCUAUUUCUGCCCCGGUCGAUUCCCCGCACUGGAAAGGACGCAAACGCCGCUGGAGAGAGAGAGAGAGAUGGAGAACAAAUUUGACUGGAAAUAUGAAACAAAAACGAUCUGAAAGUUUGCAUAUGAUCCAUUGACGGUGUCAAAUCUGCACAGGCAUAAAACACACAUCACAAACAUAGAUUAUUGAUGAAAGUACACUGACACUUGAUUUCUGAUAGGACCUUUUGGGGGUUUUGAAGUGAAUAAGAUAAACAUUUAAGUUUGGGUUGUUCUGCAACCAAACUUCUGUGCAAUAGAGAUGUUUGAUGAUGUAUGACUGACUGGUACCUUUAAGACCCUGUAAACAUUGGAAGAUUGUGAACAAUGAGUCUUAAAAUGGAUACAUGGCUGGAGAAAUGUAAUAUGAAAAAGUUUGCUAUAUAUUUUUCUUUUCAGUUUAUCACAGUUUAACGCUACACUAACUUAAAAAUGUAGUUUUUCCCAUAAAUAGUUUGUCCAUCCUG